GUUUCAACACCAAACCUAACCUCAAUCUUUAUCUUAAUAUUCGCCGAUCAAAACAGUGACCUACGCGACGGUGAGAGUGUGGCGGAACACGAUGUCGUCCAAAGAUAAAGACAAACCGAUCGACAAGCUGAAGAACUUCUUCAAGAUCAAGCAGAAGGAUCUGCCAAAUAAAAGCAAGGACGAGUUCGUCCUCACUGCGGAACUACAGCAGGAACUCAGCAGAGAGACGCCCGUGGCGACCAGGCUGAAAGCAGUCCGUGAAUUGGUCGACAUCAUCAAAAAAUACAAAUUAAAUGAGCACAUAAUUCCUAAAUUAUGGGCCUGCAUCAGGGAUCUUCCGAAUGACAGCGCCUGUGAGCAACGUCAGCUUGCCUAUCAAGUUCUGCAAGCUCUGGUGCAGAAGCAGAAAAGUCAGUUGACCGGCAUAUUCCGCGCGCAAGUAUUUCGCGUAAUUGUUGACCAUAAAUAUCAUGAAGAAACAGCGAUUCGGUUUAAUCUUCUGCAUGCACUUUCUGAAAAUGGUAAAGAUAUCUCCUACUUUGAUGAGAAGAUGGCGCCGUUUCUGUUGAACUGGCUGCCUGAAAUAGCAAAAGCCGGCAAAACGAAUGAUUUCGUCUUGUUGCUUAUCACUCUGAUUAAGUUUAAUGCGGCGCAUGUGAAGGAAAACGACAUUAAUCAAUUCGUCAUCCAUAUCUGCACCCUGUGCGAUCCGAUGCAAGACACGAUUGUAAUGAGCGCCCUCAAUUUCCUGGAGACCAUCAUUGCGUACUAUCGCAAUUUACCACCAGAUUCACUACCGCAAAUCAUCGGCACGUUGUGUAAGGUAGUCAACCAUGAACCAUAUUGUCAGAUGAGUUGGAAGGUCAUGAAGAAUCUCCUUGGAACGCAUCUUGGUCACGCUGCAUUGUUCACAAUGUGCCGUAUUCUACAAGCGCCUGAUUUGGCGCAGAACACGUUCCUUUUCCGCGGCGCUAUUUUCUUCAUUCAGAUGGGUCUCUGGGGUAACCCGGUGCCUAGCCUGCGUUGUCCUGCUAGUGCAGUAUUGCCUGCUAUUUACGAAGCAGUCCAUACAAACCAAUCGUCAAUUGUGUUCGAGGUUGUAAUCUGUGUGCAGAAACUGGUACAGAAAUGCGGUGUUGAGUUGCAGGAGCCGUCGUGGGAUAUUAUUUUAAAGAUGUUAGCUGUGGCAGUGCGCCAUGGCAAUUGUUUUGCGCCGCUAAACGAUACACUUAAUAUUAUUGAACAACUUAUUGAGGAUGGGCAUUUUAACGGUCGCGUGGAAUCUGUUUAUGCGAUUGUAGCGGCCUGUGCGCAGAAUCGUCCAGAGGCAUCCAUCAUGCGACUGAUUGGACAUCUCUCCGAUGAUAUUCACCCUGUAAGGCAUGCAUGGUUGAUGAAACUCAAUGAUUUGUUACAGAAUUACUAUCGUGUGGAAAAGGAGCGUCGCACUAAUGUGCGUUUGAAGGCGCUGGACGUGCUGGUUAAUGUUGUACAACUACAUCGUGUUUACUUCGAGGAUGAAAUCAUUGACAAAGUCGUAAUUCCGCAUUUCCUGCAUUUACAUCUCGAUGGCGAUUACAAAAUACGCUCAGCAGGUGCCAGCCUAUUAAUUCGGCUGUGCACAACCUGCGAAAGUCGUCGGUGUUCAGAAAUGCUUGAUAUCCUAGAGCGACUCAUAAAUCGCCCGUUUGACAUCAGUGCGGAGAACCAGCCGGCGUCAGAUACGGACACUGCUGAUGUAAAAGCAACAAUUUCACAGAUGAUCACACUGUUUGAAACGAAGAUUCACAAGUUGCCAUCGUCGCCUGCAGUUCGUAUUUAUAAAAUACUCAUGUCACACCUUGAAGUGCACUACACGCGCCCGCGCGUCUUCGAGAACUGCAAUUUCGUGCGGUGGCAGAUCUUCGAUGGGUUCCUGCGAAUGCGCGCGGAUGAUCGCUACCAUAUUGGAUGCCCACGUAACGGUGAGCUUAAAUUCAGUCCGUAUUUAUGUGUAGCGUAUACGUCGCCUUCGGAUAGAUCAGCUUUGGGUUCACCACCACCAAACUCACCAGCGGCGAAUGUACAACAGCCGUCAGCAACGCAACAAACACCACAACAACCCCUACUAUCGCAAGUACCAUGCGCUGUUACUUAUGUAACUAUAAAAUCGGCAUUCAAGAUCUUUAUCACUUGUCUAACAUGCGAGAAAGACAUGGAGGUGUUAAUGUUUGUUCUUAAGCGACUUCCCGAUGUUCUACAAAACAAAUCUCUUGUUUUAACGCGCCAUGGAAACAAUGAUGUAGGUCUACUGAUUGAAGCUGUCUGCAAACUCAUGAAAUAUCCGCUGGAUAACACGAGCGUCAACAGAAUCGAGUUUUAUUCCCUCCUGCUAUUAAUUUUAUCCGGUUUGGCGUCGUAUCACGCCUGUUUACACCAUACACACCAGCAGGAAAUGAUCCGACUGUUGAGCACUUGUAAGGUGCGUCAUGGUGUGCCAUGCUUCAGUCAGUGUAUACGCGCGCUUACCACUUGCACCCUCGAUAUGCAGGAUGUUAUGGUGAAGAUUCUGCCUGAGGUACUACUACAACUCUCGAAGACAACUGCAACAGCGCCGAUUGCAAUGCCUAUGCUGGAGUUCCUCUCGACUUUGACGAUUCUACCGAGCGUUUUUUCAAACUUUGUCGGUGAUCAAUACAUGGCUAUCUUCGCCAUGUUACUGCCCUACACGAAUCCGUUCAACUAUCAUGCGUACACAGUCUUCCUGGCGCAUCAUCUAAUCGCCGUUUGGUUUUUGAAAUGUCGGCUUACAUUUCGCAAGGAUUUUGUUAGUUACAUUACCAAUGGACUGCAUACAAACGCGCUGACACCCUCGCCGCCUAUCACAUCCAAAGUGGACGUGAAUAAGUUGAACCAAGAUAGUUCUAAUCGAAAACGUAGCUCGUCGUUGACAGAACAGAGCUCACGUAAACGUGAACGAUCUGCAACGCUUGUGAGUAAGCCGGCUUUUGAUGUGCCGCGUGCACCACCCAUGGCGCCCAUUGAUAAAACCCUACAGUUUUACCGCGAGUUGACUGAGACUUGUAUUGAUCUCAUGGCCCGCUAUACAUUCUCGCCAUGCUCGGCGUUGCCUAAACGCUUACCUAACGCAGAAUUUCUGUUCGGUGGAGGGCAGUCCAUGAGCUGGUUACUCGGGAACCGUGUGGUUACAAUCACCACCAGCGGAUGCGCGCAGAAAGCGCUUAAGCACGGCCUGUGUGACAAGUGCUACGGCACCUGCAAGGGUGGUGGUAGGACUCCUUAUAUGCAGCGGACUGGGAGUAGCGAGACGUCCACGAUGGACCGCAUCGCUAGACAAAAUUCCGGUUCCAACACCAACACCUCCACGUCAUCACCCACCGAAGAUGCUCGCCGUUUUAGUGAUAGAUUGGAGCAGUUGCCUAAUAAGUUACAGCAACUGGCGGCGACUGGGGACAAGCGGGAGCACUGCGCUUGUUGGUGCCAGAACUGGGCAGAGAUUCACGUACGCCGCCCAACUGGUAAUAUGUCCUGGGUGAUGCGGAUACAGAAUCAGACUUCUGAUACCAAUAGUGUUUAUGAUUUUCCGCUUAAUGAUAUUUGCACACUGUUUAUGCCAUCACUGCAUACUGAUCAUACCGUUGCCGCGAUGGAUUCCAUCGAAAAGGAGACCCAAGAUGUUGCAGUGGGCACAGUCGGCCCUGUUUACAACACGCAGCCCAUUUCAAUCCCUGGUUCACCCAGUAAGCAAUCACCGUCAAGGCAAAGCUCACGUGAUAGUAUCGAUGAAGAAGAAGACUUGGAUGGCGGUAUGUUUGAAGACGGUUCACGGUCGCGUAAUCCCGUCCGCAGAUCUAACUCCAGCCCGGAGAUGUCCGCCGGCUGGAAGAAUCCUUUUUUAAUGCAGCAGCACAAGACUUCCGCAGGUGGGAUAGAGCGGGAAGAACGCGAUGAGGAGCACGCAAAGAAAAAGUCGACUUCUUAUGCUAAGGAUAACCGCGUUAGUUGCGAGGCGAUACCUGAGGAGAUAGCUGGAAUGGGAACAACUCCACCGUCGAGUGAUGCCAGUAGUGGACAUUCCACGCAUCCCGCGCUUCUCUCCUCGUUGUCCUGCCCAGGACCCGAACAGGAGGUGCCUGCUUUCGUGUCCAAAGGUUAUAGUAGUACUCAACGACCUACUUUAAACCUGCCGGUUACUGGAAAACCUCCACAGAGCCCAACCCAGACAAGUCCACGCCUACCGCGGCAUGCCCUCAAUAAAGGGCACGAGAUACAGAAGAGUUCUUCGCUCGUCCUGCAGAAACAGAAAGUUAGUAUUGGUGGUGUUACCGGCAGCAGCACUUCCAGCAUAAAACUAGACGGAUUCAACCAGAGUGAUCAGAAACGUGAUCGCGCCACAACUAUUUCAGUGAUGCAAUCACCGGCCCGCAAAGCACGCUUCGGGGACUCAAGCUCUUCGUCCUCCUCGAACCUAACAUCAGCACCCUCCUCUUCCGGAAAGUCUAAGGACAUGCCAAAAAGUGGUAUCAAUCCCGCGUUUGUUUUUCUACAACUAUAUCAUGCGGCGCAGUUUGGAAGCUCCGUAGAGAAGCCCUUAUUGAUCAACACGAGCGAAGUGGUUGUACAACGCGCGCUGCAAAUCCUCGACAUAAUUCAACCCUACGAAACGCAUAAAAUUGGUGUUCUCUAUGUGGGUCCUGGGCAGUGCAAUCGCGAGGCGGAUAUUUUACGCAAUUGCUACGGUUCCCUGCGCUACGUUGACUUCCUGAAACGUCUAGGGACCAUGAUCAAAGUCCAGGACGUAGACCCGCAGGCGUUUUUCCUCGGGGGCUUGGACCAUGAUGGCGGGGACGGCAGCUACGCCUACAUGUGGCAGGAUGAUAUUAUUCGCGUGAUCUUUCACGUGGCGACACUCAUGCCUAAUUCAGAAUUCGAGCCGAAUUGCAACCAUAAAAAGAAGCACAUUGGCAACGACUACGUGACGAUUGUGUACAACGAAAGUGGCGAGGACUACAAUAUCAACACCAUCAAGGGUCAAUUCAAUUUUGCGAGCAUUAUUAUUCAGCCGCUGGAUCACAACAGUAAUAAAGUGACCGUCAAGGCGAAGGAUGCCAUUGUGGAGUUAAUUGGGCAGAGCGAGGCGCGCGUUGUCUCUGAUCAGAAUGUAGCGCUACUUGCGAGGCAACUCGCUCUACAUGCGAACCUGGCGGCGCUUAUACAAUCCAACUCGAUGAAGGAAGCUAGUGAACCAUACGCGCCUAACUGGCUGCAACGCCUUCGCCGCAUCAAAAACCUCCGCCAGAAGAUCCAGCAGGCGUCCCGCGACCCAUCCUCCGGCGGCGGGGACUAUUCCGCGCGAACGCGCCCUGUGCAAAUGGAGGAUUUUACCGAAUAUACCUAAGUGUCUUCUCCUGUCUUGUUUGUUUAUGCGUAGAAACCUAAUAAUAUAAAUAAUACUUCUACACAAUUUAAA